AUGGCAAACCCCACUCAAGGCUCUCCUCUGUGUCCCCAGCAUGUGGCACAAGAGCUAUUCACAGGACAUUUUGGCUUGGUCAUUGACAGGAGAGGUGUCUGCGAUGUGAUCUCCUGGACCUAUGAGAAGACAGACAUUGAUGGAAAGUUCCUCUCCUACAAUCCCAAAUGGAAUGCAACCUUGGAAACCUAUGUGGCCCACACCAACUAUGACGAGUAUGUCAUCUUCCUCACCAAAAAGUUCACCCGGGACCAUGGACCCACCAUCACUGCCAAGCUCUAUGGCCGGGAGCCACAGCUGAGGGACGGUUUUCUGCAGAAGUUCAAGGAGGUGGCCCUGGGUGUGGGCAUCCCUGAGAACGCCAUCAUUUUUAUAGUUGACAGAGCGGAAUGCGUCCCCGGGGAUCUGAAGCAAGAGCCCACCUCACUUCCGGGUACAAGGAGCUAAUACAGAACUGAAGGAACCGGUCUGCAAGCCACAUGGUGGCCACUAUCCCUCCCAUUGUGGGCUGGCCCAGGUGGUCUGGACCCCAAUAAAACAAGCUGUCAACUCUG